AUGGCCGAUUCACGAUCUUUCAAGGAGAAAUAUUAUAGGUUAAGAGAGAAGUAUGAAGUAUUAAACAAGCAAAGGGACGACUUGAAACAUAGUUUAGAGAUAACCAAGCAUAAGGCACGGAAGUUAAAGGAGGAAAAUAAUCACUUACUUGACUUAAUGAUGGAUAUGAAUCCUAGUCUCGUUGAUGACGCAUCAAA